UUCAAGUUCUUGAAUGAACGCUGUCCUCUUAAGUUUGUUGUUGAUUUUUGUUUGUUUGAGUGUUUUGGUUGGGUGUUUUUGUUACGUUGGUUUGUUUAUUUGUUGUAAGUUUUGCUGCUUGAAACUUUUUCUUGUUACCCAGUCUACUCUGUCCACGGAUGCCCCCCGACGUUCUCUCACCUAGCGGCCGCUGAGCCAUCUCUUUCUCUUGUGACGGUUUGCCCUCUGUCGAUAUUUUAUUCAGGUUUGCACCUUAGCCAAUCUAAUAUUCGCCCUCUUUUCUCUCUUUCUCUCGCACUUAUGCGCUCUCUCUCUUUCUGGCACUCUUUCUCUUUCUUUCACUUCUGAGAGAUUCCUCCUGUCACGUCAUAAAAAUGACAAAAAUAAUACAAUCAUCACUCAGUCUCUUAACUAAAGUGAUUAAUUUAAUGGUUGCCGUAGUGAUCAAAAUUGAAAAAAUUUAUAGCCACUUUAAGAACCCAAUAAUUAUGGUAACCACGAAAUUAUGUCGUCUUAAAAUAGCAGGAACCAAAACGGUAAUUAGCAUAUAAUACUGUGUAAGAAAACACGGCUUCUGUUCUUCGCUCGGCCAUGGUGCUUUCGUUGUUGUGUACAUAUCAGCUAAUAUGCCAUAGCGUCUAAAUUUUCUUUCCAAAAACUACAAAAAUGAAUGGUUCGGUUGAUUAUACCAACGCAAACAAGACUACCGAUAUUCGUCGAGUCUCAACUUUUGGCCUUACGACUUUCCUUAUCACAGCAAUUUUUCUUCUACCGGUUGGUGUUAUUGGGAACCUAAUGGUCAUUGUAGUCGUAAGAAAGAGGCGAUAUCUUCAAACCAAGACGAACUUCUUACUUGCAAAUUUGGCGGCGUGUGACUUGGUGGCAAAUAUUCUUGGUUACACAUGGGGAGUAGCGUCCGCUUUUCCCAUUCCAAACAUGACCCUGGGUGUUAUAAUUUGCAAGAUUAACUCAAUUUAUCCUGCUGCAUCUGGGUGUUCUGCCUUUAUACUGACUAUUAUCGCUCUGGAACGCUAUAGCGCUAUCGUGAAACCACUGAACACUCGCUUCAAGUUAAAAAAACGGACCCUUCGCUAUUUUAUCUUGGCUAUUUGGAUUUUUGUCCUAGCUGCUGUGAUUCCUUUAGUGUACUUCGCUGACUACAAUGUUGGUUCGACUUACCGCUGUGGUAGAACUUGGGGUACAACUGCCAAAGCCACAUUCUGGACAACUGGGUUUAUAAUUUUUGUUGUGGUCCCUCUUAUAGUUAUGUUGUUCUGUUAUGUUCAAAUAAUACGCGCGCUGUAUUUCGGGACAAGGAUUGUGCCGAUGAAUAUCCCAGCUGAAGUUGAUGCAAGGGAAAAGAAACGAGUAAUACAACUAUCCAUUAUAGUGACUUUCGUGUUCAUUGUUACCUACUUACCGUUUGCAAUUGUUAAAGAACUUGAGAUGCGUAUUUCUUUAUCGAAUAGAGUGAGAGCUUUUUCACUCCUAUCUGUACUUCUCUCUUCUAUCUUAAAUCCAUUUAUUUAUGCUUUCCAAAGCUCUAACUACCGCCGGGCCUUUAAAGAGAUUAUAUGUUUAAUACAGAGAUAGUUGCCUGAAAUUUCAAAGACUCAGUGAAAUGUUAUUUACUAAAAUUUCCAAAAUUUAUCUAGAUCUUUGUAUAAGUAUUAAGACAAAAAUAUUAAUGAAAUUAUGGAUGAAAUACAAGAUAAUUAAAAGCCAUACGCUUAA